AACUUGGGCCCGUGUCCUGCCCAGGAGCCAUGGACGCUGUGGAGCUGGCCAGGAAGCUGCAGGAGGAGGCCACCUGCUCCAUCUGCCUGGACUACUUCACCGACCCGGUGAUGACCGACUGCGGCCACAACUUCUGCCGCGAGUGCAUCCGGCUGACCUGGGAGAAAGCCAAGGGCAAGAAGGGGCGGAAGAAGCACCGGGGCUCCUUCCCCUGCCCCGAGUGCCGGGAGCUGUCCCCCCAGAGGAGCCUGAGGCCCAACCGCCUGCUGACCAAGGUGGCCGAGAUGGCCCGGCUGCACCCGGCGCACCAGCGCAGCGAGCUCUGCCCGGUGCACCAGGAGCUGCUCAAGCUGUUCUGCCAGGACGACCAGGGCCCCAUCUGCGUGGUGUGCAGGGAGUCCCGGGAGCACCGCACACACAUGGUGCUGCCCAUCGAGGAGGUCGUGCAGGAGUACAAGCAGAGGCUGAAGGAGGACAGGGAGCAGCUGAGGGAGGAGAUGGCCAAGACCCGGGAGCUCCAGGCCGAGAAGGAGCAGAGCCUGGCCGCGUGGCAGGAGCAGGUGGAGGAGCGGCGGGCGCGCAUCACGGCCGAGUUCCAGAAGGUGAGCGUCCUGCUGGAGGACCAGCGGGCGCGCCUCCUGCGGGACCUACAGCAGGAGCAGGAGGAGACGGCGGCCAGGCUGCAGGGGGCCACGCGGGCGCUGGAGCAGCAGGGCCAGGCCCUGGAGACGCGGCUGCUGCGGCUGGAGGACCAGGAGGGCCGCACGCCUCUGCAGAUGCUGCAGGAUAUGAAGGACCCCCUGGAUAGGAAGAAAAGCGUGAGCGUGCAGUACCCCGAGACGGCGCCCGCCACGCUGAGGACCCCCUGCCGCGUCCCGGGGCAGAUCGACGUGCUCAAGAGGUUCCAGGAGGACGUGCUGCCCGACCCCGCCUCGGCCUACCCCCACCUGCUGCUGUACGAGAGCCGGCUGCGGCGCUACCUGAGCACGGCGGGCGGCGCGGCCGGCGGCCAGGACCGCUUCCUGGCCUACCCGUGCGCCGUGGGCCUGGAGGCCUUCUCGUCGGGCCGCCACUACUGGGAGGUGGGCGUGAGCCUGGCCGGCGAGGCGCCCUGGGCCCUGGGCGUGUGCCGCGACGACGUGAGCCGGCGCGAGCGCGUGCCCAAGUCCCCCGAGAACGGCUUCUGGGUGGUGCAGCUGUCCCGGGGCCCGCAGCCGCCGCCGCGGGCCGGCCCGGCGCGGGCCCCGGUCACGCUGUCCGAGCCGCCCAGCCAGCUGGGCGUCUUCCUGGACUUCGAGGCGGGCGAGGUGUCCUUCUACAGCCUGAGGGACGGCUCGCACCUGCACACCUACGCCCAGGCCGCCUUCCCCGGCCCGCUGCGCCCCUUCUUCUGCCUGGGGACCCCCAAGUCCGGCCAGAUGGUCGUGUCCACCGUGACGCUGUGGCUGAAGGGCUAGGGCUGGGG